AUGCUGUUACGGCCGUGGUGGGAAUAUAUACUCUGGAACGUAGCAGCAGCUCCGGAGAGAGCACAAGCUAUUGCAGCGCAGCCUUGGCUUGCGUCGCCGCCCUCGCAGCGGCUCGACAGCCAGCCGAGCGGCACGGUGCUGCCCGACACGACCAAGCAGUGCACGUACUGGUACGACGACGUAUCCAAGGCCGACACCUGCGCGUCGAUUGAGGCGGCCUGGGCGUGUCCCACCAGGACUUUGUACCUGGAACCCUUCUGUCAAGGAGGAUUGCAGCGGCAUCAAGGUUGGCUCUUCAUACACAAUGGCGUUUCGACGUCCACCUCGUCGUCCACACCCACCACCCCUCCGCCGCCGUUGCACGUCCCGUCGCCGCACCAUGGCCGUCAAGGGCGACACGUGCGCCAAGGUGGCGAGCAGGCGGGCUACUACUACUGCGUCGCGGCCGACGGCGUCGCGCCGACCAGCACGACGUCCUCGUCAUCGCCGCAGCCGACGGGGCCGCCGGGUCCCAGCCCGACGCAAGACGGCCUCGUCGCCUCGUGCGCGCGGUUCUACCUCGCGGUAAAGGGCGACACGUGCGGCACGAUUUUGCGCAAGUACGGCACCUUUUAUGGCAGGUUCAAGCAAGACUUGUAG